GCCAUGAAAAAUCUGUGAGCUAGUUAGUCUGCUCAUGCCAAAAUGUGCUUCUUAUAACAUUAAUUUCUUGAGAGUUUUGUGAUCAUAUAUAUGAAUGCGAAUGUGAAAUGCAUGUGUUCGGGAUUUUCGUUAGCCUUAGAUAUCAACCAAUUGCUAUUGAAAGAGCUGUUAAACAAAAUGAAGGGAUUUCUCUGCCUGGUGCUGCUGAUGGUAACAGUUGAAAAAACAGAGAGUAGGGAGCCAGUUCUACAUAGGGUUGGAGGUGGAAGAUUUUCUUGGAAACCAAAUGUUAACUUCACGGAUUGGGCAAUUCAUGAGCAAUUUUUUGUUGGUGAUUGGCUUUAUUUUGGAUUCAACAAGCAGUUAUACAGUGUUCUACAAGUGAGCCAGACAAGUUAUGACAAUUGCAUCGAACAAGAUUCUAUCAAGAACAUAACGAAGGGAGGAAGGGACGUGUUUAAUCUCACAGAAGCAAAACCAUAUUACUUCAUAAGUGGCGGAGGCUACUGUUCAAAAGGAGGAAUGAAAGUUGCCAUCAUCGUCCAAUAUUACAUUUCCGCACCAUCACCUCUUACAAGUGGUUCCUUCCCUAUUACGGUCAGCUCUGCCUCAGAAUUUCCUGGAAAACUGUAUCUCUUUGUUCUGCCUGAAGUUAUUCUUGCAUACGCAAUGCUAUGA